AUGGAAGCCACAGAAGAAAGUAACUAUAUUCGUCUGUGGAAAUUAAUUAAGUUAGCAAAUCAAGUUUUGGCUGAUGUCCUGCGAGGAAGAUUACAUCAAAGUUCAUUAAAAUCAAACGAAUCCUUUCUGCGUGGGAAUUCAAAAUUUGAUUCUCAUUUGAUACAAAUACUCUACCCACAAGUCGGUGAAUACGGAGGUGAUUUUAGUGAAUUAGAUAUCACUCAUCUAUGUACUCUUCUCCGGUACAUAGGUCAAAUUGGGAAUUCAGAUGAUUGGAAAAAAUAUCCAGAUGAGGCAGAUAGAAGUAUGAUUGCAAAUAUUAAUAUAAUAAGGAAUAUUCGAAAUAAAUACUCUCAUACUUCUAAUAAUGCUAUAAAAGAUAGCGAGUUUGAUAAAAUGUGGACGACCCUCAGCCAAUGUGUUCUUGAACUUGGAAAUACCACUGACUAUUUAAAAGAUAUAGAAUACCUUUUUAAUUGUCCUAUUGAUCCACAAUUUGAAAGAAAAUGGAAAGAUUUAAAAGAUAUUUCAAGAGAAAGCAGUAGAACUAUGGACAUAAAAAAGGAAAUGCUUGAAACGUGGAGAAAAGAAAUCGAUGUUUUUGUUGAAACAGAUGAUUCGAAAGGAAUUAUGCAUGUACUAAAACAUUACCAAAUAGUUCUUAUCCGUGGAGGUCCUGGCUCCGGUAAAACAUUAACUGCAUUCUUCAUAGCAUUUAAGUUAGAAAUGGAAGACAAUUAUAUGGUAUUCCCAUCACAUAAACCUAAGGACAUUAUUAAAUUUACUGCUGAAGACGGACGAACUAUUUUCAUUUUUGAUGAUCUAUUGGGAAGGUUUGCUUUAAAUAGGAAAAAGUUUGAGAAAUGGGAGGACAAUGAAAACAGAUUCAGUAUCAAUAGCAUGCUAAAAAAAUAUCCAAAGCUAAAACUAAUAAUUACCUGCAGAUCUCAAAUCAAAACAAAUAGUGUUUUAAAAGGAUUUGGAAACAAUGGUUUUUGUUAUCAAAUGAAUUUAAGUGUUCAUGAUAAAAAGAUGAUUGCACAACAGUACUGUAAGAAUAUUCCAAAUGAUUUGUUUGAUGAAAGGUUAUAUGCUAUUUUGCCAUUUUUUCCGUUAUUAUGCAAGAAAUUGUCUGAUGAACAUAUUGAGGGAUGUAAUUUGAAAAAAAAUACGACAGAAAUAGUACUCAAGGAAGUUAUAGAAUUGAAAAAGAAUGGACCAUUAGCGUUUUUAGCUUUAGGAUUACUUAUUGUUAAUAAUAACGCUGUCUUAAAAGAUAUGUUUACAAUAACGGGGAAAUUGACUGAACAAAUUUUACCAAGUUUAAUGCGAGAAUGUAAUUACGACUUUUACCUCUCAGCAAAUGAUAUUUUGAACACUUUAUAUGAAUUAAAAGGAUCGUAUUUGAUUGAAAAUGAUAUCGCCUUUAUUGCAAUAAGUAACACCAUGUAUGACUGUAUUGUAUGUAACGUAGGCAAAUUUUUUUGCAGUACUAUUUUAACCUUCGCGGAAGAUUCAUUUAUCACAGGUAGAAUUAUUCUCCAGUCAUCGAAAUCUGCCGACCAUUUAAGAUCAGUAACUUUACCUGGUUAUUUAGAAAAUAAUUACUUUUUUAGAAUUGUUGAAAUGUUCAAAAAAGGAAAUAUAAAAGAUGCGCUAUCAAAUCUUCAGUCUAACGACGCAGACUACAGAUUAAAAUUAAUGAAAUAUUGUAAAAAAUAUGCAAUAGACUUGAACAGUUUUACUGAAACAGAAGAUGGAUGUUCAACCCUUCAUGUGUGCGCACAAUUUGGAUAUAUGGAUAUUGCUAAUUUUAUUUUACAAACCGAUAAUGGUUUAUUGGAUAAAACAAAUGGAUCGGGAAAAAUUCCGCUGCAAGUAGCAUGUGCAUAUGGGUUCUGUGAUAUGGUAAAUUUUCUACUAGAAUACAAUUCAAACGAAGCUUUUAUAGACGUAAACGCAUUAUUACUUCUACAUAUUUGUUGCAUGCACGGACAUAAAGAGUUGGCAGAAAUAUUCAUAAAAAAGGGCGCUGACAUCAACUUCUGUUCCAGCAAACAUGGAACACCUAUCUUGGAAGCUGUCAGUCAUAAUCGUUUGGAAGUAAUUGACGUAUUGCUGAGUUAUGAUGCUGAUAUAAAUAAGGGAACUGAUAGUGGGGUUACUCCGCUGUAUGCUGCUUGUCAAAAUAACCAAAUUGAUAGUGUAUUGUUUUUGUUACACAAUACAGUCGUUGACAUAAACAAAGCUGAUAAUAAUGGUUGCACCCCAUUAUAUAUUGCUUGCCAAAACGGAUACUAUGAUAUUGCAGAAACCUUAAUUUUUAACGAACGCGAAAAAAUAGCAGUAAAUAAAGCAGAUGCCAAUGGUUUGGCACCAAUACACGUAGCUGUCUCUGGUGGGCACUUACGUUUGACAGAACUAUUGCUACACCAAAAUGCAUUUGUAGACAAAAUAUCGAAGAAAGGUUUUACUCCAUUAUAUUUUGCAUGCCAAACAGGAAAUAUAGAUAUAGUCAAACUUCUUUUAAGGCGUAGAGCUGACAUUAACGGUCGAAGCGAAAUUUGCAGUCGUACUCCACUGUUUUCGGCUUACGAAAACAAGCGUUACCAUAUAGUCAACCAUUUAAUAAAACAAGGAUCGACUGCUCUCUGUUUCGCUUGUAAGAAUGGCGAUAAAUACUCUGUAGAGUCGUUAAUAAAACACAAGGCAUCCGUCAAUCUGGCUACAAGAUCUCAUCUGACUCCACUUUUCUUAUCUUGUUUGAAUAGUCAUAGUGACAUAAUCGAUUUACUGAUACACCACCAUGCUUAUCUCGACGAAGGUGAUCGAAAUGGAUGGACAGCACUUCAAGUUUCGUGUUAUAUCGGAAAAGCAGGAAUAGUCGAUAAACUUUUAAAAGCUAAGGUAAAAAUGGAAAGAAAAUCCCGUUUAAAAAUCAAUCGACAAAAGUCUGUACGCAAGAAAAAGGUGUCUAACUACUACAAAAUAAAACAGACUCCGUUAUGUAUAGCAUGUUGGCAGUGUAGUGACUCAGCAAUACAUAUACUAAUGGAUGCAGGCGCAGAUAUAAACCAAGGUGGCACGUCCGAUUGCUUUAAUUCUACAUUAGAUGCCUGCGACAGAUAUGUUAAGUCAAGGUUAGGAUCUUAUCAUAUUAGCUCAAAAGAAACGUUUGAAGAAACAGCAAAACUCAAUCCGCUUCAGAUAGCGUGCUUUAAAAAUCACACGGAUAUAAUUAAACUUUUGUUAAUGAAUAACGCUGCGGUCAACAUUUCCCGCCCGAAAAGUAUAAUGACAAAAGAUGUCUUAAAGCAUUCGCAGUAUUCAGAUAAAAUGCAUAAGAGUGAUGUCACGUCUCCCACAGUAACUCCAUUAAAUAUAGCUAUUCAAAAAGGCCAGACUAUCAUAAUACGAGAAUUAAUUGAGCAUGGUGCCAACAUUAAUAUACCGUCUUUAACAGGGUGUACACCUAUGCAUUUAGCAAUUGAAUACGAUAAAACGAAUGGUUUUGAAAUUGUCAACUUACUCCUUGAACGGAAAUAUAAUUGUGAGAUAAACCAUUAUAUGCAUGGUGUAGGAACUCCUCUUUACUUAGCGUGUAGUAAGAAUCAACCAAAAAUUGUAGAAAUGUUAAUCCAAAGAAAAGCAAAGGUAAACCAAGUUGGGGAUGGUGGACAAACUGCUUUACAAAUUGCAUGUGCACAAGGAAGUGAAGAUAUCGUGAAGAUGCUGCUAGAGAAUGGAGCUGAGCUGCAUUCAGAAGGCCAACAAGGUCCAUCUCCGUUAGAAAUUGCAACUCCAAAGAAUUUUCCAAUUAUCUAUUCAAUUCUAAAAUCUUAUAAUGUUGCAGUCAAAGCAAGAACAGGUUUUGGUAUUUUUCAUUCUAAAAAAAAGGUGUAA